AUGGUAAAACAAACAAUUCAAAUAUUUUGUCGAAUUAAACCAACAAAAUCAAAAACAUCCGUUUAUGAAAUAAAUCCUGUUGAAGAUGGAGCUCAUUUAUCCGUUAUGAUUCCAAAAGAAGCCACGGAUGGUUAUAUAAAUAAUAAAAAAGAAGAUUUUCGUUUUCGUUUUCGUCAAAUAUUUGAUCAAACUGCUAAACAAGAAGAUGUUUUUGCAUUGGUUGCUCGACCAGUUAUUGAUAAUGUUAUUUCUGGAUAUAAUGGAACAAUAUUCGCUUAUGGACAGACAGGUUCAGGUAAAACAUUUACAAUAACUGGUGGACCUGAACGUUUUAGUGAUCGUGGUAUUAUUCCACGUUCUCUUUCAUAUAUUUUUCAACAAUUUGGACAACAUGCUGAUCAAAGUCAUACGGUUCAUGUAUCUUAUUUAGAAAUUUAUAAUGAAAAUGGUUAUGAUCUUCUUGAUCCUAAACAUGAAGCAGCUAAAUUAGAAGAUUUACCGAAAGUACUUUUAAUGGAAGAUGAAGAUCAAAAUAUGCAUUUAAAAAAUUUAUCAGUUCAUGCUGCACAAAAUGAAGAAGAAGCACUUAAUUUGUUAUUUCUUGGUGAUACAAAUCGAAUGAUUGCUGAAACACCAAUGAAUCAAGCUUCAACACGAUCUCAUUGUAUAUUUACAGUUCAUGUUACAAGUAAAGAAAUUGGUUCAGCAACUGUACGUAAAGCCAAAUUACAUCUUGUUGAUUUAGCUGGUUCUGAACGUGUAGCAAAAACAAAUGUCAAUGGUUUAUUAUUAACAGAAGCGAAAUAUAUUAAUUUAUCACUUCAUUAUCUUGAACAAGUUAUUGUUGCUCUAUCAGAAAAACAUCGUUCACAUAUACCAUAUCGAAAUUCUAUGAUGACAUCAGUAUUACGUGAUAGUCUUGGUGGAAAUUGUAUGACAACAAUGAUUGCAACAUGUUCAGUUGAUAAACGAAAUAUUGAAGAAACAAUAUCAACUUGUCGUUUUUCACAACGUGUAGCAUUAAUUAAAAAUGAUGCUAGACUCAAUGAAGAACUUGAUCCACGUUUAUUAAUUAAUCAAUUACGAGCAGAAAAUUUACAAUUACGUAAUCAAAUCACAAUACAAAGUGGUAGUGAACAAUUUACUGAAUUGUUAACAGCUGAACUUAUAGCAAAAUUAACAGAACAAGUUAAAAAUUAUUUAGCUGAUACAGAUAAUGAAGCAACAUUAAAUGUUGGUGCUGAUAUGCGUAAAAUUGAUCAAUGUUAUCGAGCAUUUAAAAAAUUACAUCUUGAAUUACAAGAACAGGUUAAAACAGCAUCAACAACACCGAAUAAAAAUAGUCAACCAAUUUAUAUAACACAUGAUAUAUCACCAUAUGAUAGUAAAGAAGUUAAAGAAUUAAAAGAAAUUAUUAAAUUACGAGAUAAUGAAAUAAGUAUACUUGUAAAUAUGUUAAAAAAAGAAAAGAAAACAGAAUAUCGUCCAUUUAGUGAAAGUACAACACCACCAACUGAUAGUUCAUUUUCCGCGAAUGAUCGAGCUGGUAAUCAAAGUAAGUUAAGAGAAAUAUUUUCGUCAAGCUAUUCAACUCAAAUAAAAGAUCAUCAAGAACGUUGUCGGUGUAAUCUGAAAAUAGGUUACACUACAAAAUACUCCAAAAAUCUGAUUCCUACAAAUGAUAUAUCAAAAGAUGACCAGUUUUUCAAUGAAUCUCAUAGCAGAGCUAAAAGACUGUAGAGACGAUGUAGGAUUUUGUAAUAUUUUAUGAGAGACCGAAACGAAUAAAUAAAUGUCGAUUCGAUUCGGUUCAAAAAAAACUUACAUUCGAAUACAAUUCAAUCCGUAAUCGAUUCGAUUCGCGAACGAAAUAGGUUCAUUCGAACUCAAU